AUGGCACAGCUAAAGGCCGAGGUGGAGCAGGUCAAGGAUGAGAACACAGCUCAGAGUCAUGUGCUGGACUCUGUUGAUGUAAGGUCAAAGGUCACUGAGAAUCUGGUGAAAGACCAAGAGGCCGUGGUGGUUGACCUGAAAAACACAGUGGACCUACUGAAGGGUCAAACCACAGAGCAAGCCAUUCAACUGCAAUUACUAAGCAAUAAGACCAGCUCAACUGUUAUCUUGGUGGAGGAGCAGAAGACCACAGUGGUUGGAUUGCAGACGGCCGUGGAGGAUCUGAAGAAGGAGAACUCCCUCCAGGCCCAGAAGCUGGUGGUCCUCACAGAGAAGACCGGUCAGAUAGAGGGACAGGUGGCAGUGGUGGCUGGGCUUCAGACUGAGAUUGAAGGACUCAGGGACAAGCAUGAAGCUCAGUCUGUGGAGCUCUCUGACAUCAGUGACCGGUCCAGCUCCACUGAGAGCCUGGUGAAGGAGCAGCAGACGGCAGUGGUGGACCUGAAGGCUACUCUGGAGGAACUGAAGAAGGAGAACGCCGAUCAGUCACUGGAACUAAGUGCUGUAAGUGAAAAGACUACCUCCGCUGAGAACCUUAUUAAGGAGCAGCAUGUCAUUUUGGAUCUCAAGGCUAAAGUAGAGGAACUGAAGAGGGAAAAUUAAGUUCAGACCCAGGAACUGGUAAAUCUUGGAGACAAGACAAGUCAAAUGGAAGGACAGGCGACUGUGGUGUUGGACCUCAAGGCAGAAGUACAGGCACUAAAAACAGAAAACAAAGACCAGUCCAAGGAGCUCAUCAACAUCAGUGACAAGUCAAGCAUGACUGAGACCCUGGUAAAAGAACAGGAAACUGCUGUCAAGGAUCUGACAGCUACAGUUGAGUGGCUGAAAAAGGCGAACACAG